CUUCAUUGGUGGCUUGGGUUGAUUGGCUCGCGGUGGGGCGCGCGGCCUGGCCGACUUAGUCCCAAAGAGAGUCGAGCUGGUGCGUAACUCUGAAAACCGCUCGUCCCUCAGCACCUGUCGACUUUAUUCUUUGCCAUCAUUCCGUUUAUCAGGCUACUCAACUGGGCAUCUUAAGAUGGGCCACUGGAGAGAUAUUUUCAAUACCGAUCGAGGGCGGGCCCGACACCGCCUGCAUAUGGAGCAACACCGGUGGUUCAUAGUGCUUCCUGCCUUUACAGAUGAUCAAGCACCUCCCACUCUUCCUUCCAAGGAGGUUACAAAAGUCGCUCUGCGUCUGAAGUACCAAGUCGAACAGGUUGUUCCUUGUGAGCUCGGCGAGAGUGACAUUAUUAAUCCCAAUAGUCGAAUCAUCACAAAGGAUGUGAUUCAGACAGCCCGGCUAGCAGGGGGUGAUGACCUGCAGGCUUGCGUCCCAUUCUGCUUGCUCGUCUGUCUACGAUGGUUCAAAAUACAGGCACAAGAAGAACUCUGGGACUCUGAUUUGCAUGAACGCCGAGCCAUCGCUUGUGAGGUCAUAGCGAAGCGAAUCAUGGUUCAAGCCUCUGCUGAUUACCGGUGCAGAAUCGAAGCCGAGGAAGAUCAGGAUACGCUACUCAUCAAUGUUCUUCUGAAGCGGUACUCGAUUUUCAUUGACGGCGAGGAAACGAUGCCAGCCAAUGUCAUCGAGCGUGCUGUUGAUCUCCAUGCUUUGAGGGUCAUUGGCUCCUCGGGCUAUCAAAGGUGUAUCAGAUACCUCUGGAAUGGAUGGUUCUGUCAGCAAGAGGGUAACCCAACGAACUUUGUUCCGUACCUGGAAAGGGACAACACCAGCUUCGCUGUUCACUUCCAUCCAGAUCGGAUGAGAGCACCUCUUUAUCAGAACAUCUGCCAGAUAUUCUUUUCCCUCAUAUAUCUCGGUCUCUACACUCAAGUCAUUAACACGGUUAAUCCCACGGGUGACAUAGAUGUUGUCGAGGGAAUCCUCUAUGUUAUGACACUUGCAUUCAUCUGCGAUGAGGUAUCCAAGCUCUGGAAGGUUGGGUGGCACUACUUAGACUUCUGGAAUGCCUUCAACUCUACACUCUACGCGAUUCUUGCCGUGUCUUUCUUCCUGCGCAUCGCUGCCCUGGCGCACUCUUCGUCUGUCCACGAUGCGCAAAGACAAAGUCUUAACGAAUUGAGUUACAACUUCCUAGCCUUUGCGGGACCAAUGUUCUGGAUGCGCAUGAUGCUUUAUCUCGACUCUUUCCGCUUUUUCGGUGCCAUGUUUGUGGUGUUAAGGGUCAUGAUGAAGGAGAGUCUAAUAUUCUUCGCUCUGCUCUUUGUCGUUCUUGCGGGCUUUUUCCAGGCGUUCAUCGGCAUGGCUCAAGUGGAUGACGAUACCCCCAUAGUAAGGGGUAUCGUCCAGGGCAUGGCGAACAGUGUCAUGCAGAGCCCAGAAUUCGGCACCUUUGAGGACUUUGCUUUUCCAUUUGGGAUUAUCCUCUACUACGUGUUCAACUUUGUUGUCAUGACCAGUGAAUACCCCUUCCCGUUCUUGGUACUUGCUCUCCUGUUGAACAUCCUUAUUGCAUUGUACAAUAGUGCCUAUGAGGAUAUCUCGGGAAAUGCUAUUGACGAGUACCUGGCCAUCUUCGCGCAGAAGACGAUGCAAUUUGUGCGCGCCCCGGACGAGAAUGUCUUUAUACCUCCAUUCAAUCUGCUGGAGAUUGUCUUCUUGGUGCUCCCGUUCGAGUGGUGGCUACCACGGCAGUAUUAUGCUAAGCUUAAUGAUGUCAUCAUGGGAAUCAUCUAUUCACCUAUUCUUGUUAUCACAGCAUUCUUCGAGGUCCGAGACGCUAGGCGAAUUAAGUGGAAUCGUCGUCGCGGCGAGGAGGAUGAUGAUAAUGUGCAGGAAUGGGAACACGCGGCUGAGGAAGUUGACUUUGACGUUGAUGACGGCUGGAGACAGACUGUGCAGGAGACUACCCCAAAUGUGCACAUUGACAGCACCACUUUGGAGAUCAUGCGGUUGCAACAACAAAUAAUGUCACUCACUGAGACUGUCAGGGUGUUGGCCAAGGAAAAGGCUGGGAGGAGCUUGAUGAUGGGGGAAUCGAGCUCAACCAUAGCAGACCAGGAAUGAAUGUCAUUUGGGGUGAUUCUUUGUCCAUGACCUGUGUCUUUGUGCAUGUGCUUCUUCCUAUGUUGUAGGUUUGUUACUUUGCUUCUGGGGGCGGUGUCUAUCCUGUUUGUUUGUCUAUGAGCAUCUGUUCUAUGCAGUGUAUUUACAGGUGGAUGGAGGGGGGGAAGAAUCAAAGAAAAAAAGUGAAUGAAUGAACUUUGGGGUUGAUUAUGGUUAAUUAAGGAAGGGGU